AUGGAGAAUGACACAGUAGAGGAAUUUGAAGCCAUAGGUCCAGAUGACAUUUUCACGGCUCUAGCUGAGGCAGAAGAUCAGCUUGAAUCUAUAGAAGAAGAAACUGAGCCUGAGGAAGAGGGCAGCUUUACUUUCUAUCACAAAGAUUUCUAUGACUCACGGGGAACAGUGGAACUCUUUCGAGAAAAAGCAAGAGAGGAGGAAGAAGAGCAACAGCAUGAAGCAGCGCAAGAACCAACUUCUGGUGGUGAACAGAUCCAGACAGAUAUACAAAAAGAAGUGGAUGAACUGGCAAAGCUGUAUGGCUUGUCUGAUGAUGAAAAGGACUCCACAGUGGAUCCAGUGAUAAUAGCACACCCAUCCAAACACAUCCUACCACAACAUAAUGUUAGAAGUACAAAAGAACCCCUACCAUUACCCAAGCAAAAUAAACUAACUGAAAUCUAUCCUAAUGAAGACAAACCCUUUAACCUCCCAGAUAACUCUUUAAAGAGUAAACAAAUCAAAGCUGCCAUACAAGAGUCUGAUGGAAAAGGCAACAAUCCUGAAGAUGAAGAAGAAAGUAUUGAAGCCAAACAUUCCCCCCAUAACGAUCGCUAUAUAGAUGAAACUUCACAGUCGCAUACCCAACCUCCACGAAGUGAGAGAGGAGAUUGUGUACCGAAAGAAGAACCCUCUGACUGUACAAACACUAACCAAGAAAACAAUGUACGAGUUUCAGGUUCUCAGGAGAACCAAAACUCUCCCACUGAUGUUAGUAAGAAAACUGAGGAUCCUCCUGAUGUUUUCUGUUUCGAAUGCAAAAUCCCCAUUAGAGCUUUUGACAAACCUUUUGGCAUACACAAGUACCACAGUGUCAAAGAAAUAGCUUCUGCUGUAGAAGACAUCAAGGAAGAUGUACACAAAAACAUGUGCAAACUGGAAGAACAGAUUUCUCAGAUGGAGAACUUUGCUGGUCACCUGGAAGAGAUAUAUAUCACAAUAGAGGAGAAUUUUGGGCGACAAGAACAGAACUUUGAGAUGCAUUGUACUGAAGUAAUGGACACAAUUGCAAUGAAGCAUGAAGAAAAACUACAAGUUCUGGGCGGUGAAAAGAAACUGAAGCUGGAAUCAUUAUUUGAGCAGUUGGUGAAAUGUGGAAAAAGUCUUGACACCUCUAAAGGUUUAAUGGAGACUAUACAGAAAUUAUUUAUAGAGAAUGACAAACUGGAGUUUGUGAAGAAUGCACUUGACACAGCCAACAGACUCCAGAAAUACUUCAACACAGACAUCAAUUUAAAUAUUUCUACAAAUGCAGAAUUUGAAAACAAUAGCUUACAUGUUUCUGAAGUGGAAAAGUUUUUGGAUUCCAUUAAUACUCUACCAGUGCCUUCAGCGCCUGUAAUUAACCCUCAAGCACCUAACUCUGCCACAGCAACAUCUCUCCGUGUAUGCUGGAGCCUUUUCUCAGAAGACACGGUAGAACAUUAUCACCUCUUCUAUAAGCCAGUAUCUGAUGUUGCUCCAGGGGAGGAUCGGCAAGAAUUUAUGAUAAGAUCCAAAGAAACAUAUUGUACAGUAAUGAACCUGAUGCCAAACACACAGUAUGAAUUCUGGGUGAUUGCAAUAAAUGCCAGUGGAGAGAGCCCAGCAAGUGAAAAUGCAGUGUAUGUGACAGCUCCAGCCCCUCCUAUCAUUAAAAGACAAAAAUACCUGAGUUGUGAGAAUGCAGCUUUUAUCUGCUGGGAAUCAGGGAACAUUAACCCCGUAGAAUCAUACGCCGUGGAAAUCCAGAAAAGUACAAAUGAGAAGGAAGACAAUUCUAUUUCAGAGUGUAUUGUCGGAAUUCCCAUCUGUGAAUCCCUCAUCCAGCUGAAGCCAAGUGAGACGUAUCACAUCAGCGUCAGAGCGGUGAAUGUGGCUGGCCCGAGCGAUAGCAGCAAGUCUGUUUCCAUUCAUACCACAGGUACUUAUUUCUAUCUUAAUGAAGAAACUGCACAUCCACUGCUCUCUAUUUCUGAUAAUGGAUCCACAAUCUCUUGUGAAGAAGAGGAAAGUCUAGAGGAUUUACCUUAUCACUGCAAUAAUUUCUCAAGAUGUAUUGCUGUCCUGGGAAACCUAAUACCCUUCAAAGGAAAGCAUUACUGGGAAGUGGAAGUGGAUGAGAAUGCAGAGUACAGGGUUGGAGUUGCCUAUGAAGACACAAAUAGAAGUGGAAUGCUUGGAGCUAACAAUAGUUCCUGGUGUAUGAGACACAUCUGCACACGAACACGGCACAGAUACGAAUUCCUGCACUGUGGGGUGUCCCCAGACAUGCGGAUUACAAUACCACCAACCAGGAUUGGGAUCUUGCUUGAUUAUGACAACGGCAGGUUAUCCUUUUUCAACAUGAACAUUCAUCAGCACCUAUACACCUUCGAAUGCCAGUUUAAACAUCUAGUACAUCCUUGUUUUGCCCUGGAGAAACGAGGACGAUUAAGGAUACACAAUGGUAUUCCAGUACCCUAUUCACUGAUUUUGUCCUAA